AUGAUUACCAAUUACUCAGGAACCUUCAUUGAUUCUCGUCUCUCUCCUUCCUCGGUUGCGACCGCCAUUGUGGAUACCGGCGUCAUGCAGCCCAUCAAGCUGGCUCUGGUCCCCAAGGUUCUGGGCUGGACCGGUUCUCAGGGCCAGUACACCCAGGUGCACAUGGAAUUCAUGAACAACACGAGCCACUCCAUCAUCCUCAAGGUGAAAUGCCCCAUGCAGGAGAGAGACUUGCUUACCCUGCUCGAGUCUGAAUGCAAGGCCUGGAGGCUGCGGUGGAGGCCCCUAGGCUGCUGGUCAUGGAAGGACUGCUAA